AACAGCUCGUCCGAGUCCAUUGGCACGCCAGAUACGCAGCGAUCGGUGCUGUUCGACGAUUUGACAGAGGAUUCUUUUGACCUAACCGUCGUUGAGAACCCAUAUAUCCUAGUUGUUGGCGGACUCGGAUACAUCGGGAGCCACACGACCCUGGAAUUGUUGAAGGCAUCAUACAAUGUGGUCGUAAUCGACGAUCUGAGCAACUCUUUCUCGGCCGUCCUGGACCGGGUCAUCCUGUUGGCUUCCGAAUAUUGCAAGAGCGACAACAAGCCAUUGCCCUCAGUAGACUUCCAUGAGGUCGACUAUAAGGAUUCCUCGGCCAUCCGCGCCAUUCUCAGCAAAUACGACAUCAGCGAGUCCAUUAGCAAAAACUCGGUGGCGCCAAGAAGCUCCAGAAUAGCGGGCGUAAUCCACUUUGCCGCUUUCAAAUCGGUCGAAGAGUCGAUUGAAAAGCCACUUCCAUAUUACAGGAACAAUGUUUGUGGCUUGGUCGAUUUUCUCGAUGUUUUGCAAGAAUUUGGGAUCAAAAACUUCGUCUUCUCCUCAUCUGCAACGGUGUAUGGGUCCAAAGCCAAUAGUGGCGUUCCACUGAGUGAAGAGCACAUGGUGCAUCAUCCGGAAUCGUACUUCGACUCUCGAGGAGACGUGCAAUUCGCCGAGCCAGGUGUUUCGGGUAUCACUUCGCCAUACGGUCGGACCAAGUAUAUGUGCGAGGCCAUCCUUGCCGACCUGGCACAUUCCGACCCAUCGUGGUCGAUUACACUUUUGAGGUAUUUCAAUCCGGUCGGUUGCCAUGAAUCCGGCCUUCUCGGAGAACACCCUCGACAGCGACCCACGAACCUGGUUCCUGUGGUAAUCCGCGUCUUGACUGGACAACUGUCCGAGCUUAAUGUCUACGGAACCGAUUACGACACAGCCGAUGGAACGGCUGUUCGCGACUUUAUUCAUGUGCAAGACCUUGCUUGCGGUCACAUCGCUGCUCUUGAUGCUGCUGCCAGAGGUACCAUCAAAGGAUUUCGAGCGUACAACCUCGGAACUGGCAGAGGGCACACAGUCCGUGAAGUCGUGAUGAGCCUAGAAAAGGCAUCAAACCAGGGAAUUCCUGCCCGAGAAGUUGGUCGUCGGAAGGGUGAUGUCGGGUUCUGUGUUGCUGCCGUCGACCGCGCGGAGACUGAACUGAACUGGAAAGCGGAGAAAACGCUCGAGGAUUGUGCUCGGGACGUGUGGAGAUACACAGAG